AAAAACUUGAGACCUCCACUCCACAUAAACCCUAAACCUCCUCCUCUGUCUUAAUAAUUUUCCUGCAAAGAAAAACAUGAGACCUCCAAGGGGACGCGGCGGAAACUUCAGGGGCGGCAGAGAUGGUAGCCGUGGCGGUCGUUUCGGCAGUAGUGGCGGUCGUUUCGGCGGUGGCGGUGGCCGUGGCGGCGGCUUUCGCGAUGAAGGCCCUCCUUCCGAAGUAGUUGAGAUUUCGACAUUUGUUAAUGCUUGUGAGGGAGACGCUGUAACGAAGCUUACAAAUGAGAAAAUACCCUACUUCAAUGCACCUAUUUACCUUGAGAACAUGACCCAGAUUGGUAAAGUUGACGAAAUCUUCGGCCCCAUCAAUGAAUCUUUUUUCUCGAUAAAGAUGAUGGAGGGUAUUGUGGCAACAUCUUAUUCUGCUGGUGACAAGUUCUUCAUCGACCCUGCUAAGCUUUUGCCUCUCUCCAGAUUUCUCGCUCCCCCCAAGGGACAAGCACAAGGUGGUAGAGGAGGUAGAGGGGGAUCACGUGGUGGUGGUAGAGGUAGUGGUUUUACAAGAGGUAGAGGUGGUCCAAGAGGAGGUGGUUUCCGUGGUUCCUCAAGAGGAGGUGGUGGUUUCCGAGGUACUCGUGGUUCUGGAUUUAGGGGUAGAGGAAGAUCCUAGAUUCUUUUCUGUCUUUGUUUGUUUUAAUCGCUUUCUUCUUUCCUUCCUUUUGUUGGAUACUUGAUUUCGAAUUGGUGUGUUAUUGAUUGACACUUAUGUUUACUACUAAUGGCAACUAGUUUCUUAUGUAUGGCUUUGAUUUGU